AUGAACCUCUUUAUCUCAAUUCUUCUAAUAAUUCCCAUAUACAUCACGCAAACCCUCAGCCAAGACUCUCCAACCAUCGCCAGUAAAGUGACUCUUGACGGCGCUCUUCUCCGCAGCCAAGCAGAUGCUCUUAAAUCCGCUUUCCCCGACGCAACGCCAUUUACCAAGCCAUUUGAAAUCCCAGGUGGAAACCUGAUCCAACCGCCCUCCUCGCUGGUCGGGGCCAUCAUCACCGGAAUCCCGCCGUCUGUUCUUGCGAAAUUGAUUCAGCCCGCGGGUCGUGAAUCGAUUGCGUCAGAUUUUCGUGCUGGACAUACACCCGAUUGGUAUGCUGGCUUGCCGCCGGAUGUGAAAGGAUAUGUGACGAAGAUGAAGGCGCAGGUUACUCAAGGUGAUGUUGAUUUUAGUGCUACGCCGACAAGUACGGGAGGGCUUGGGAGUGGGGGAGGGAGUGAGACGGAGGGUGAGGGUGGUGAUGAUGAUGGUAAUAGUGGGAAUGGGGAUGGGGAUGGGGAUGGUGGUAAGACAGGGGACAAGACAGGAGGAGGAGAAGGAGCUGCUGCUACUUCGAGCUCGACGGGUGGUGUUCCUCGUCCUACGGGGGAGGUCUUUGGGAGUUUGGUUGGAGUGGUGGGGGCUUUGGGGGCUGUGGCUUUGCUUUGA